UUUGGAUUGUGAUUGAUUGUUGUGUGGGGGUACUUUCUUUAACAACUUUUCCUUAUUUAAAGGAAAAAAAGUCGGACGGCAACGCUUCUAUUAAAACCGUUGCCUCAAGGACACUUCUAUAAAUACUCUCUGUAAAGAGAAAACUGAAAACAACUAUGUGUGAUGCUGGUUUAAGAGUAUCAUCUAAUGAUACAAUUGAAUCUCUUACAAGAGAAGCUGAAAUGCUUAAAAUCCGCCUUGAAGAUGAACGACAAAAAUUAAAUGAUGUUACUUUAUCUUCUGUCGCGGAACGAUUAGAAAUAAUAAAUUAUAUGAAUAUCAAACCUAGACGUACCUUAAAAGGUCAUCAAGCUAAAGUUCUUUGUUCUGAUUGGUCACCAGAUAAAAGACACAUGGUGUCUUCAUCUCAGGAUGGCAAGAUGAUAAUAUGGGACGCUUUCACUACUAACAAGGAGCAUGCAGUCACUAUGCUCACCACCUGGGUUAUGGCGUGUGCUUAUGCACCGUCUGGGAAUUUGGUAGCAUGCGGGGGGUUAGAUAAUAAAGUUACUGUAUACCCAUUGACUUUUGAUGAGGAUGUCACACAAAAAAAGAAAACAGUUGGGACUCAUACAAGUUAUAUGAGUUGUUGUAUUUUUCCCAAUUCAGAUCAACAGAUUUUAACUGGUAGUGGCGAUGCUACCUGUGCACUUUGGGAUGUUGAAUCUGGUCAAAUGUUACAAAGUUUCCACGGACAUACCUCUGAUGUCAUGUCUAUUGAUUUAGCCCCAUCAGAAACAGGAAAUACUUUCGUUUCAGGCAGUUGUGAUAAGUUAGUGUUAAUUUGGGAUAUGCGUUCAGGACAGUGCGUCCAAUCUUUUGAAAGUCACGAAUCCGAUGUGAAUAGCGUUAAAUUCCAUCCAAGUGGAGAUGCUGUUGCGACCGGAAGUGAUGACGCAACAUGUCGCCUUUUUGAUUUGAGAGCAGAUAAAGAAGUGGCUACGUAUAGUAAAGAUAGUAUAAUGUUUGGGGUAAAUUCAGUCGAUUUUUCUGUUUCAGGUCGAUUAUUGUUCGCUGGUUAUAAUGAUUACACUGUAAACGUUUGGGAUACUUUAAAAUGUGCCAGAGUUUGUUUAUUGUAUGGACAUGAGAAUAGAGUAUCUUGUUUGCAAGUGUCGCCUGAUGGGACUGCUUUGUCAACAGGAUCUUGGGAUACCACAUUGAGAAUUUGGGCAUAAAUUAUUAAACAUAAUUGAGUAUUAAUUAGAUAAUUUAAGAAAAUUUUACUUAAAUAGACUUAGCGCAAAAUGUAUUCGAAAAAUAGAACUGAAAACAAUGAAAUCUAUUUAUUGUUUGAAAAUUAAAUAAUAAGUAAUUAAGAAAAAAGUAAAAUGUAGCUGUGGAAAAAAUCAUCAUGUCUAACUAAAGAAUGAGAAAAUAUUAUAGAUAAUAAUGUAGAGUAUUAUAAAAUU